AUGUAUAGAGUAUUUGCAAUUGCUUUUUCGCUGUUUUAUGUGAUAAACUCCGAUGGGGCCCACAUCAGAAAUGGACCUUCCCCAUCGCCGCCGGCGAAAUCUCAUUCCCCAGUUUCUUCUCCGGUCUCUACUCCGGAGAGUCCUCAUGUUUCGCCUUACAAGUCUCCGCUCACUCCGGAAAUUUCUCCGGCAAUUACGGCGUCUCCUAAAACUAGUCCGUUUGCUUCGCCGAUACAGUCUCCGACGAGAACUCCGCCGUCGACAUCCAAUUCGCCUGCUCCGUUACCAUCUGCGACGACUUCUGAAACGCCGGUGAGCAUUCCGGCAUUAUCCCCUCAGGCAUCGUCACCAUUGCCGGCGUCUCGUGAAGGGUCUGUCUCGCCGGGAUUUUCUCCUCCUACAACUCCGCCGAUGACAGUCAUUUCGCCGGCAGUCACUCCGGGGAACACUCCUACAUCAUUACCAGUGCCGGAGCGUCCUAAAAGGAGACCGUCCGCUCCGCCGGCAUACUCCCCAGCGACGACACUCAUUUCGCCGGCAGCCACUCCAUUAUCCACUUGGACUACUCCGAUUCCAUCUGCCGUUACUCCUCCGCCAGCAAUUGAAACUCCGGUGAACACUCCUCCGGCAGCUUCACCUGAAACAGCGCAAAUUCCGGCAAGUUCUUUUAUGACUCCAUCUGAGGCACCGGAGAUGUUUUCUUUAGAUAGUAGUCCGCCGAUUCCGGCACCGGCUAGGUUCACGCCGGAGAGCUCACGGCCACCGGUGGCUGAUAUUUUUGCUGCAACUUCAAAAUUCGAGGUGCCAAUUUUGCUAAGUGGGCUUGCUAUAUGGACUGCAAUAGUAAUUUGA